GUGACAUGCAUAGGUUUAGAGUAGACAGUAACUACUGGAGCUGAAUAGCUGUAUUUCCCCGCAUGAUGACGAGUUUAAGCCGCUUGGAUCUUAAUGCAUCGCGAGCCUUGCAAGAGUGUCGUGAUGCUGCGUUCCAGUAAACCGGUAUAAAUUAGUUUUAACUUCUUUAGGAUGUGUUUACCCCACUAAUAUGUAAUCAGCAACAUCCAGUAGAUGACGUCGGACUGUCUACCUCUGGUGGCCUAAACCCACUGCACGUUGUCACGUUCCCCUGAGUUUUAAAUCUUAAGAAUCCUACAUUUCCGACAGUACGCGAAGGCAGCACCCAACCGAAGCUGCAUUAGACAUUUCCAGUUUGUCAGAGAAGCUAACGUUCAGCAUGUCUGAAAAGGAGCUGGGGAAAAAGUGGGACCGGUGCUUGGCAGACGGUGCCAUUAAACUCGGCACUGGGCUGGGGUUGGGAAUCGUUUUGUCUGUUCUGUUCUUCAAACGGCACACUUGGCCGAUUUCCUUCGGCUCUGCAGCGGGACUUGGCAUGGCGUACGGCAACUGUCAGAGCGACCUGAGGUCCUCGUAUCUGCUGCACAGAAGCGAAAAGGAGCAGUAGCUGCAAGCCAUUGAGGGACUGUCGUAUUUUUUAUUAUUAUUUUUAUUUCUUUAAACCAUUUUGUUUUGCCCGUGGGAGAGUCGCCAUUUGCACUGUUCUACAGCGAAGAGAUCCCUGUUGAACCUUCCAUCCUAGAAUGACUGUAAGAUUGUAUGUGCCCGUUUGGGACAGUCUGUGUAUAUUUAAUAAAAUAAUCUCAACAUCAACAACAAAAU